ACACCGGAAGAAAACGAGCCAAGUAUCAGUAACUAGUUAGCGAAGCUAAUGUUACCGUGGCUAGCUGGCGGCGUUCGUGGCUGAAUGCUUAUUUUGCUUCUGAAACCAAUUUAUCAUGGUACUGCCGCUACAUUGAACACCAUUCGGAACACCCAAGGAAAUCAGUCGUCAACAUUCCUCUCGCUUUAAGCGCAGAAACAAGGUGUGAAUGACCGACGUGGUGCCCCCCACUGCGCUCAGCGAGAUUAAGCUCCGCCUACUCUGUCACGAUGACAUAGAUCGCGUCAAGUUGCUCUGCGGUGACUGGUUCCCCAUCGAGUACCCAGACUCAUGGUAUCACGACAUCACCUCAAACAGGAAGUUCUUCUCCCUCGCGGCCACCUUCAAAGAGGGCAUCGUGGGAAUGAUAGUGGCUGAAAUAAAGAGCCGAACCAAAGUACACAAAGAGGAUGGGGACAUCCUGGCCUCCAGCUUUCCUGUUGACACGCAGGUCGCAUACAUCCUAAGCCUGGGAGUGGUGAAGGAGUUCCGAAAACAUGGAAUAGGUUCCCUUUUGCUGGACAGCCUGAAGGAGCACAUAUCCACCACCGCGCAGGACCACUGCAAGGCCAUCUACCUGCACGUGCUGACCACCAACAACACGGCCAUCCACUUUUACGAGAACAGAGACUUUAAGCAGCACCACUACCUGCCCUAUUACUACUCCAUCCGGGGCGUGCUCAAGGACGGCUUCACCUACGUCCUCUACAUCAAUGGCGGCCACCCGCCCUGGACCAUCUUUGACUACAUCCAGCACAUCGGCUCCACCCUGGCCAGCCUGAGCCCGUGCUCCAUCCCCCAGCGCAUCUACCGCCAGGCCCAGAGCCUCCUGCGCAGCCUGCUGCCCUGGUCGGGCAUCUCGUCCAAGAGCGGCAUCGAGUACAGCCGGACCAUGUGACCGGAAGCGGAGGGAAAACGGGGGAAGGGAGGCGCGCGGCACCUGGAACGGAGUACUGUUUGUCUCCUAUGUCAUUUCCUGUUACCGGGACCCAGUGCAAGGAACCUUACAGUGACAGAGGCUAUGAACAAAGGCACACUCUCUCUCUCCUCUGCGAUACAGUGUCCGAUAGUGUAUUAUAUAUGUAC